AGGGGGACAGAGAGAGAAGAGAGAGGGUGGAACAUAUCAAGAGGGGCAGGGAGAAAGGGGAGGGAGCACAGAGGGUUACCUCAUCCUGAACUGCUAGUGUUCACGGUGCAGUGGAGAAGUUGUGGGAAAGUAAACAGCAGAGGAACUGCAGCCUGUGUUCAGCCACUGGCAGCCUUCACAGCACACCAUAAAGAUGAGUGUGCUGAAGCCGGCACUGUGCUAAGAGUUCAUGGGAGGCUCCCAGGAUUAACCAGGUUCACCAGGGUGUGCCUGAAGCUUGUUGGAGGACACACUACUGAGGAGAAGGAGUGAUUAUGUCAACCGUGAUGUCUCAGCAACCGCCAAAGGAGGACGAAGAGGAGGAUGAUGAGGAGCAAGGGGAGGAGUUUCAGUUUGAUGACAGCACGGAUGAGGAUACGUUUUGUGAGGACAGUAGAGGGACCGGCUCGGACUGUGUGGCCUCUGUGCAGGUGUCAAACAAGGAGGACAGCGGGACAUCACAAACAAUCACUGACAGUAAACAACUCCCCAAAGCUUCGCCUCCUGCUGGACAGGAGGGGGACAUCCCAACCACCGCUGUAACAUUAAUUUCUACGGCAGAUGUUCCAGUUAGUGAGUCACCCAACUGGGUCUCGACAGCAGCAGCAGCAGCAGCAGCAGCAGCAGCAGCAGCAGACAAGCCCAGCACACCAGCAGGUACUUCUGUGGGAAAGGAGCUCUGUGGGCUUCCUGUGGCGCCGUCAGCUGCACAGACGCCGGCUGAUGCGGCAGACCACGAGAAAGAAACUCUCAAGGAAAUCUCAGACUCCAGGGACGCCUCUGAAGCGGCGUGUUGGGUAGAUGUCGAGCCACAAACGACAGCAGCUUCCGAGGUGAUCUAUGACGAUGUUCCCAGUGAGGAUCCCCUCUCUCCCGACGAAGAUAUGAUUUAUGAAGAUGUUCAGACUAGAAGCAGUGGUCCUUUGAAUGCAGACAACGGGUGGAGCUCCAGUGAGUUUGAGAGCUAUGACGAGCAGUCUGAUAAUGAUGCCAAACCACCUACACGGAGCAAGCUGUCUCCUGAUGUGCGCCGGCUGAGGGAACAGUGUGCCAGGACCAAACGUGAACUGGCCAUGAGACUGUCUGGCAAACACAACUAUGACAUCAAGGUUCAACAGCUCAUGAAGGCGGCGAAAAGUGGGACAAAGGAUGGACUUGAAAAGACCAAAAUAGCCGUCAUGCGAAAAGUUUCUUUCCUGCAGAGAAAAGAUCAGCUAGAAGAGGAGGAUGAUGCAGGAUACCUGGAUGUGGCUGUGUCAGAAGUGAAGCAUCCACCGCCACAACUGUGCCCCAUGCCAGACGGACUCACCAGCCACCAGGUUGUCAGACGCCAUAUCCUUGGCUCCAUCAUUCAAAGUGAGCGGAGCUAUCUGGAGUCCCUCAGAAGAAUCUUGCAGGAAUACCAUCGACCACUGAUGGAAACGGAACCGCGCAUCCUGAGUCCGAGGAAGAUCCGGCCUAUUUUUUUCCGAAUCAGAGAGAUCACGCAGUGCCACUCCAUGUUUCAGAUUGCACUGGCGUCUCGAGUGGCUGAGUGGGACAGCAGCGAGAAAAUUGGAGACUUAUUUGUGGCCUCGUUUUCCAAGUCCAUGGUGCUGGACGUGUAUAGUGAGUAUGUGAACAACUUCACCACUGCAAUGGCUCUCAUCAAAAAAGCGUGCCUGUCCAAACCGGCUUUCCUGGACUUCUUAAAGAAGAAGCAGGCAUCGAGUGUUGAUCGGAUUACUCUGUAUGGUCUAAUGGUUAAACCCAUCCAGCGAUUCCCUCAGUUCAUUUUGCUCCUACAGGACAUGCUUAAGAAUACACCGAAGGGCCACGUGGAUCGCCUGCCUCUGCAGCUCGCUCUGACGGAGCUGGAGAUGCUGGCGGAGAAGCUGAAUGAGCAGAAACGAGUUGCCGACCAAAUUACAGAAACUCAACAACUAGCCCGCAGCGUCAGCGAUCGGCUGCUCAGUAAGCAACUGAAUGCGGAGCAGGGGUCACUGGUCCUUUGUGAGACACUUAUUGAGACUGUGUAUGGCGAUCGGGGACAAGUCCUGAAGUCAAAGGAGAGAAAGGUCUUCCUCUUUGAUGAUGUACUCAUCUGUGCAAACAUAAAUGUCAAGGGGCCACCAGACAUCAGCAGCCUCGUCCCCGUCGGCCCCAAGUACACCAUGAAGUGGAGUGCCCCUCUGCAGCAGGUGCAGGUUGUAGAGGUGGGCCAAGAGGGCUCUCAAUGCAAAGAUACCGUCUUUCAGCAGAGUGGGGCGAGGCGGCCAAGUGGUGCCUGCACUUCAGGUAAAGCGAUCCUGGGCCCUCCACGUCUUUACCAGGAGCUUCAGGAACUGCAGCAUGACCUCUCUGUGGUGGAGGAGGUCACUCUUCUGGUGGGAACGCUGCAGGGAACAUACCAGAACCUGAACACAACUGUGGCCCAGGACUGGUGUCUGGCUCUGCAGAGGCUCAUUCGCAUCAAAGAGGAACAGAUCCAGAAUGCUAACAAAUGUCGCCUGCGUCUUCAGCUGCCCGGCAGACCAGAUAAGUCAGGGCGUCCUGUUAGUUUCAUGGUGGUCUUCAACACUGCCAACCCCCUAAGCAAGAUCUCUUGGGUCAACCGGCUACACUUGGCCAAGAUCGCACUACGGGAGGAGAAUUCACCAGGCUGGUUGUGUGGAGAGGAUGAAGGGAAAUUGAUGGCCCCGCUUUGGUGUCCACUGCUUUCCUGUCACAUCCCUGUCUUUGCGAUGAAGUCACCUGAGAGAAAGCUUGAAGCUGCCCUCCAUAAUCCUGUCCACUGUGCGUUGUUGGGCUUCUCUGCAGCGAGCACCUCCUUACCUCAAGGCUACCUAUGGGUGGCCGGUGGAGGAGAAGGUUCUCAGGGGCAUAUCGAGAUAUUUUCCCUGAACAGGCCCAUGCCACGGGCUGUAAAGAGCCUGCAGGUAGGCUCUGCUGUCCGAUGUCUGCAGUAUGUACCUGAACCUUCUCUGGUGGAAGAAAUUGAGGCUGGAGUUCACAAGGCACCCUCAGGGAUCGGCGCCAACAUUUGUGUCGGAUUGGAUGAUGGCCGCAUCCUGGUCUAUGGCAGUGUGGACACUGCAGCACAAUGCCUAUUGACCCUCCAUAACCCAGAUGGCUGCCCCGUGCUGUGCCUGAAGCACUCAUCUCGCUUCCUGUUUGCGGGCCUGCGGAACGGGACCAUGAUGGUUUAUGGAAGAAAUAAUAGUGAUGAUCUUUGGGAACCAGACUCCCGCAGAUGUGUGAACCUGGGUUCUGAAGCAGUGAGGACACUGUUGAUAUUAGAUGACUCAGUGUGGGCAAGCUGUGGGAACACUGUUACUGCUGUGGACAUACCCAGCCUCACCACUCAGAAAUUUGAAGUCCAUCCAGACCCGAUGGUGAGCGUGGCACACAUGGCAUGUGCCGGUGGAGGCGUGUGGAUGGCAUUUUCGGAGGGUUCCUCCAUUCGUCUCUUUCACACGGAAACACUGGAGCUUCUGCAGGAAAUCAACAUCUCGACGCGGUCGACGCUGCUCAACACUGGUCAUAAAAGCAUGCGAGUCACAAGUCUCCUCAUUUGCCAGGGGCUGCUGUGGGUGGGCACUGCCCAGGGCUUAAUUAUCACUCUGCCAGUCCCCAAACUGGAGGGCAUCCCAAAAAUAACAGGAAAGGGCAUGGUCUCUCUAAACGCCCACUGUGGGCCUGUUGACUUCCUAGUAGCCACCACCAGCACCCUGUCUCCUGAACUGCUCAAGAGGGAUUCUGUCGGGGAUAACCCCGACUCUGUCUGUGGAGGCGAGGACCGUAGUGACACCUCCUCUCAGGAAUCACUGCAACAGUCCAGCUCCUACCAGGGAGAGGGGAGAAGCAAAGGACGCGGCGUCCUGCUACAGUACAAGCUGCGCUCCACGUCGGGAUUACCUGGUCGUCCAUUAACGGCGCAGGGUGACGAGGCGUCCGACUCCUCCUUGGAGUCUCUGGAGCACAGUGUGGAAGAUGGAUCUAUCUAUGAGCUCAGUGAUGACCCUGAAAUGUGGGUUAGGGGGCGUCCUUGUGAGAGGAAUGGGGGACGGAGGGACAGGGUGAUCUCUGCCGCAGUUAUCUCUGGAGGCAAGGGCUUCCGCAGACUGAAAGAAGGGGCUCCAGCAGGUGCAAGGACAAAUGUGGAGGGUUUAGAAAAUAUUCUCAUGGUAUGGCAGCUUCCACUGACAGUGUGAUGUGGAAAAAAAAUAUUGCAAGGCGAUUUGUAUUUAUAGCUGUCGCCCCGGCUUAGUCUUGAAUAACCUGAAUAACCCUUAACGAGAAGGUGUUGCCAUUGUUAGAGAGCUUGACAUCUAAUGAUUAAGACUGUGGAAUAGGAACACUGAAGCAUGCUGUUUACGAAAUGUACUUUCAGCCCAUUAGUUGCUUGGAAAGUUCAGGAUUGCAUAUCAUCGCCUUUCCACCGGUGGAAAAGCUGCCACAGUUUAGUUCUGUGUCGUUGUUUUGAUGUGGUUCCUCCCUCCUGCUUUUUACUAAGGAUUGAUAAGCUGCAAUUUAACCUCAUCAUUGCGGCACGCACUCUGCCACAUUUAUUUUAUGCGAAGGACUUCUGUGUGAGCAGUCAUGGACGCCACACCUUCGAGAGGCAGCCUUUGUUCAAUCUGCCAUGCUCUGCGGUGCAAGAGAUGAACGUCUUUUAUCUGAUCCUGCGGGAGAGAUCCCAUCUGUUAAGAGCUGAAAGCUGGGGACUACCACCGCAUCACACAUAAGCACAUUACUAUCACUUUAUUAGCUUUGCCAGCCUUUCUCUCAUCCCAUACAAUGUGAAUGUAUGAAAUCUUAUAUUGAGCCUUGGCUCUUGUGAAAUAAUUCGAUUUUUUCCUAUUUUGUCGCAGCUGUUGCAAAAACAGACGAUAGUCACGCUCGCCGACGCUGGCUGCAGAAACUGCUUAAGAACAUUUUUAGACGGAAAUCUGUUAAUACACAAUAGAUAUUUUGCGCUGUAGAAAGGUUUAUUUUGUUGUGGAAAAUAAACAUGUCAAAGCAAUAAUAUUUUGUUCCACAUACUAAAAAUGCCAGAUAUCUCCUUUAUUAUUUACUAUCACCUGACAGCUACACAAAGCAAAUAUGGGUUUAAUAUUAAUACAAUGCACAACUCGCAUUAUCUGGACAUCAGUAACCAGCUAUUAGAUACUCUGUAUGAACCAAGGGAACCGACAGACAACAGACAUCAAUGGACAUGUUCAUAUGCACGUUCAUUGACAAUCACAUACAAUAAUCUGAUCAAAGGUGAUCACAUGUAGCUACACAGUACUGUGAUGUUAAUCAGGGCUCAGAGACAUUUAAACCUCGACCCGUCAGCACAUUUUCCUUGUUUUCAUGUUCACGCCACUGUUGUGUAAAUAUGUGAAGAUGAAUGCGAACAUUAACAUCAACAGCUGGUCAUCACUGUGUCGUGGCGUUGAAAGAUUACAUAGUCUACCUUUAUCCUGAAACACUCAUCAAACUGUUUUAAAGCCACAUUGAAUGAUAUAAAAAAAGGACAUUGUUAUUUGAAUGUGUACAGUUUUUUUUAACUUAUAAAGAAGAUAAGAAAGCAGCAGUAUAGUGAAUCUAAGUUGGUAUGAAAAGCGCUCAGUGGUACUUGUUUUAAAAUUGUGAAGUUUUUUGAUUUAUGGGUUUCUAAUUCAAUAAUAAUAUAGACAUUUUCAGGAUUAUUCAAAUUGACCAUCAACAUAUUUUUGGCAGAGAAAACAAAAGUUUACAUGGCACUUCUACUAGUCGUCUUUUCUCCACAUAUGGAUUCACAUCUUCAUCACAUCAUUUUCAUGUUUCUUCUCCUCCUCACAGCUGAAAUAAAAAAACAACAAAAAAACAUCCUGCUGUUAGCCAGAGUCAUUCAAAAAUACAAUGACUUAAGCUGUUCUUGGGUACUGUCAUCUAAAUGUAAAUCUCAAAGUCAAAAUGCCAAAAAUGUACACCCAGUAAUGUAUACUAAUUCACAUGAGACUCCUUUGCCACUGAUAUCUGGUAACACCUCCGUGGUCACUAUAGAAAUUGUUUGUUCAACCUUACUCUGAGGAGAAGAGUGCAUUCCUGCAGGAGCAGCCUCAUGAAAUAUACAUGACUCCUUCACCAAAGCUGCUCUGUUUCUCUGGCUCAUCUGUUAGCAGCUGUGAUGUCAUUUCAAAGGUGUGUUGGGCCUUCAAUAAGACACUGACUCCUUCAUUUACUUAUCUUUGUACAGGACACUAAAUAUGAUACUCGUGAAUGAAUGUAUUGUACUACUAAUUACAGCCGUUACUGUGCUAAUUAAACCUUUAUUCCCUUUUGUAAAGUGGACUGCAACAGUGUUGAUGUUUUGGAUGAGAUUGUGUUGUUUGUUUUUUUUACCUGUGGUAUCAAAGGUCAUAACAGUUGAUGAUGAAUGGGAUUUUAUUUGUGUAUAUUUGGUUAUUGCCCAUAUCUGUUGUGACAACGUGUACUUUAUGUUAAUUGCUGUGGAUGGGUAACAUGUUGAUAUCAAUGAAAAUUCUGGGGAGGUUUAAAAAAACAAAAACAGGAACGGUCACAUGAUCAGACUGGUUAUAAAAAAAUACAACCCUGCUUUACCAGACGUAUAUAAAUCUAUUAAAACUGACAAACUCCUCAAAGCUCAACUCAGUUUUACUCAGUGGUGUUUAUGACCAGUGCGAUCAUGUGACCACUUACAGGGAUGCUGCCAUGACCCUGCAUCUUAUUUUGGUAAGUACACUAUUCCUAUAACUUAAUAGAAAAUGAUUGUCAAACCUAAAUGUACAAAACAAAAAUAAAUCAGGAUGUAGUAUUUAGUUAUUACCUUAAAUGUUAAAACCUUUUCUAACAAAGCGUAUGUUAAAAAUAAAAACAUAUUUAAACUCUA